AUGGAUGAAAUAUCUGUAACUAUUCUGGAUGAAGUCGUCGAUGACGAAGUGAUGAAAUGGGCUACGAUAACUCAAAUGUCAUACGGAAGUGUUUCUAUUGUUUUCAUGAUCCUAUUUUUUCUGAUCAUCGGUGUCAAGAAACAUUUCUUUCAAAGUUCCUUUUAUUUUUUGGUCAGAUUCGAUAUGUUCACGAAUUUCCUGGUUUAUUGUAAUACGUGGGUUGCGAUUCGUUUCGAUUACAACCCAUGGACUAUAUUUAUUCCGAAGGCCAUUGAAACCAUUUUCCCAGGGUUGCUGACCUACUUAAAAUACAUGCCCUACUUUUGGUUUCAUCUCCAUUUCUAUACAUCUGCUCUUCUUACCGCUCACAGAUUGUCUUCAGUUGCUUUUCCAUAUAACUAUGAAAAGUUCUGGAAGUCCUUGUGGUCAAAAUCAGCCAUUAUGUCACUGACAGUGAUUUUCAGCCAUGUGCCUAACUAUUGGUGGGAUGGGCAUCUAUACGAAGUGUUCUUUGAAAAUGGUCAACUUGUUUGUAUAACCUAUUUGAAACACCUACAGGACUCUUAUGAUCUGGUUGGAGUUUGUUCUGUCAUUUACUUCGGCUUUAAUUUAACUCUAUUUUACAAAGCAACUCGUAAAACAUCAAGUUUUAUAAUUGAGUCAAACCAAAAAAAAGAAAUAACUCGCAAAAUGAACAAAAUCGCAUUGACGUACGCAACUGUUUACUUUCUCGAAGUCACCUGGAGUGUUUUCAAUUUUGCAAACAAUUAUUUGCAAUUUUUGCCACUCUCUCUACAAAGAUGGAACAAUUUGGCUUUGACUUUCGCUUCUGAUGUUUUCACUUUAUCUCUUCCUUACAUACUUGCAAUCUAUGACAAGAAUAUCCGGAGAGCAUUGUGCGGCGAGGCGAAACCGUCUACAAAUACGACGGGGCUUUUUGUUACUUCUUGA